UCUCUCUUUCUUUCCAUGUACGCUGUAACUGUUUUGGGAAAUUCAUUUAUAAUAGGCACUAUAUACCUAGCACGAACUCUGCACACAGCAAAGUACAUAGCUGUGUUUAACUUGGCCUUCACUGAUCUCUGUGGAAGCUCUGCUAUUAUUCCAAAGUAUGCAAACAUGUUUCUGAGUGAGAACCAGUACAUACCUUAUGAAGACUGUCUGGCAAGCAUGUUUUUUGUUUUUGUUUUUAUGACCAUGCAGUCCUUUACUCUGCUUGCUUUAUGCUUUGACAGAGUAAUUGCUAUAUGUUUUCCUCUGAGGUAUCAUGCUAUUGUCACCAAAAACAUAAUGACUCUGAUCAUUGGCGUUAUGUGGCUUGUCUCUGUAUUUCUUGUUUCUAUCCGUAUAGCUUUGAUUGCCAGACUGUCCAUCUGUGGAUCUACUACAGUUAAUAGUUAUUUCUGUGAUCAUGGCCCUGUCUACAGACUAGCCUGUAAUGAUAAUUCUCCUAACCACAUGAUGUCCUAUGUCAAUAUUUCUGUUGUUUUUUGCUUUCCAUUGCUACUAAUAGCUCUCUCCUAUGUUUGUAUUGGUGUUGCUUUGAGUAAGAUCUCACAGGGUGCUGAUCGAAUGAAAGCUAUGAAAACCUGCACUUCCCAUCUCUUAUUAGUGGCCAUGUAUUAUCUUCCCAUCAUUAGCAUUUAUAUUACUGCUCAUACAACAGACAUAAAUCCAAAUACUAGAAUAAUCAACUCAGUCCUAACACAAACAAUUCCACCUAUGUUAAACCCCAUCAUAUAUACUCUGAAGACAGAGGAGUUUUCUGGCUGGUAG